AGAUGUGGUUUCAUGUAUGGAGAGCUGACAGAUAAAGAAACGGUGGCCCGUUUGGAAUACACCUUGGAAAAUCAACAACAGGACCAAUUUGAAAUUUUAUUAUAUAAAAAGAACAAUUUACAAUGUGGCUGCGCUUUGACACAGUUUGGCAAAGUUUUACCAGGUAGCAAAACAAAAACUCCAUUAUGGCUUCUGCUACAGGUGGCACCCAUACGCAACGAAAGGGAUUUGGUUGUCUUAUUCCUGUUAACAUUUCGAGAUAUAACCGCCUUAAAACAACCCAUCGACAGCGAAGAUACCAAGGGUGCAACAAAAAAAAAAGAAAUAUCUUCAAACCAAUCACAAGUAAAAAAAAAACUAGAAAGAUCCAAAAAAAAACAACCAAAAUUCAUUUCACAGGUACUAAACUAUUGUCCGAAAGAUAUGAAGGCUGAUAUAUGUGUUCAUCUAAAUCGCAAAGUAUUUAACGAGCAUCCAGCAUUUCGUCUUGCCUCGGAUGGUUGUCUAAGAGCGCUGGCCAUGCACUUUAUGAUGUCACACUCGGCACCGGGGGAUUUACUCUAUCAUACGGGAGAAAGUAUAGACAGUUUGUGUUUCAUAGUGACGGGUUCUCUGGAAGUGAUACAAGAUGAUGAAGUUGUGGCGAUAUUGGGCAAGGGAGACGUCUUUGGUGACCAAUUCUGGAAGGAUUCAGCCGUUGGCCAGAGUGCGGCCAAUGUGCGUGCCCUUACCUAUUGUGAUUUGCAUGCCAUCAAACGUGAUAAAUUACUCGAAGUCCUCGACUUUUAUUCGGCAUUUGCCAACAGUUUUGCCCGCAAUCUAGUGCUCACAUACAAUCUCAGGCAUCGUUUGAUUUUUCGCAAGGUGGCUGAUGUGAAACGCGAAAAAGAAUUGGCCGAAAGGCGUAAAAACGAGCCACAAUUGCCUCAAAAUCAAGAUCAUCUGGUGCGUAAAAUCUUUUCCAAAUUCCGACGUACUCCCCAGGUGACAACCGGCUCAAAAGAGGCCGUUUCCGGUCAAAGUGAUGUCGAAAAAGGAGGCGGAGGCAGUGCUGGUGGUGGAGGUGGUUCUGAUACCCUUGAAGCGGAUCGUAAUAAGAAGUUACCUGCCAAAUUAACAUUAACCGAGGAUUCCCGUAUUUUAACCACCGCUGCCGCACCCACCCCAUCACCCUCUCCAUCACCAUCAUCUGGUCCACCAUCUGCACGUAGUACACGUGCUAGCAAAUGGGGACGCCUUUUGGGUAGUUCAAGUGUCGAUUCAGCUAGCGAUACUAGCGCCAAAGUAGCCGUUUCGAGAAGUUUGAGUGCCCGCGAAAGUCUGCGUGAAAGCACUGCCGCUCAAGCGAGGCAGAGUAGUACUUCGAGUAGUAAUGGUGGACAAGGCAAUAAAGUUUUUCCAAAAGCUCCCAAACUGCAGGCCAGUCAAGCCACGUUGGCACGUCAAGACACCAUCGAUGAGGGCGGUGAAGUAGACUCAUCACCACCCAGCCGUGAUAGUCGUGUGGUAAUCGAAGGCAGUAAUGCUCCCGCCACCGUACUCACCGCUCUCUCUACUAAAGAACGCAAUUUGGCCUUGGAACGUGAAAGACAAAUCGAAAUGGCUUCAUCGCGUGCCACCACCUCUGAUACCUAUGAUACGGGCCUAAGAGAACAACCACCCACAUUAGCUCAACGAGAUCUUAUAGCCACCGUUUUAGAUCUCAAAGUGGAUGUACGUCUUGAACUGCAACGUAUGCAACAGCGCAUUGGACGCAUCGAAGACUUACUCACCGAAGUGGUGAAACGUUUGCAACAAGACUCUUCGGGCCAGACAACACCGGCCGAUGAUAACAUGUGUGUUUGUGGCUCGACAACGUUGACCUCAACGUCGGCGGCGGCGGCCAGUGGCAGCAGCUCAGGGGGCUUAGUUGGUAGACGCCCAACAGAAGGUGGGGCAACACAUUCCACCGCUACCACACCAGCCGCCGAUACUGUUAUAACAAUAUCCACAGCUCCACCCACACCACCCAUCGGUGGAGUUGGUGGUGCUGGUGUGGGUGCAACCGGUGCAUCCGCUGCUCCAACGUCUACAGGUGCAGCUGCGACAGUAGCGGUCGGCCCUACCGCCACUACUGCAGCAGCAACUAGCUCAUCCAACCUGCUGAAUCCCGUGCAAAUGGUCACGUCGACAACGGGAGGCAAUGGUCUAGGGCCUCUAAUGCUUAAAAAGCGGCGUUCGAAGAGCAGAAAAGCACCGGCGCCUCCCAAGCAGACCCAUGCUCAAGCCGCUGCUACUAGUGCCGCUCUACAAAGUCCCGAACAGCAGCGUUUGCUAGAAGAGGAACUGCCCUCACCAAACACAGCACAAGCCACAACAGCGGUAGUAACAACAGCUGCUGCAGCAACAGGUGGUGCUUUAGUAACAUCAACGGCCAGCACCACAGCAACUAGCUCAACAACCGGUGCUGGCAGCAGUGGCGGAGGACGCUCUAAGCGUGAGUUUCUCUAGCCCAAAAUUUUAGUACGCCAUCAGUCGGACAAUAGCAGUUUUGAGCAAUAAUAUUAAAUUUAUUUAAUCAUGAAAAGCAAAACCGUUAUUAACAAACGAACAUGUUUAUUAUAAAGAAAUUAAUGUUAAAGAAAAAGCUUUUUAUUUUUAUAUAAUUUAAUGUAAAUUUUUUUUAUUAAAAAAAUUAAACGCUUUAACUAAAAUGGCGUACUUACUAAACAAAACUCACAUACAAUUUUCUUUUUUAACAAAGACUCCUUCCUGCUCAUUGUUAUUACAUUUUCCCUUUCACUACUCCUUUUUUUUCUCUCUUAAAUCGGUUAUUGGCAAAAAGCUCUCUUGCUUCUCUUUUUUCAAGUUUGAACUUUAGUUAGCAGAGCUCUUUGCCAACAACUGUUUCUUUUCUUAUAUAAGAACAUGAAAAUUAAUAAAAUUAUUAUUAGAUCUAGUAAAAAAGCAUAUUGCUUACGAAUUUUUGCUAAUAAUUUAGAUAUAAAAUAAAUCCCUCCCAUUUACACAACCCCUCUCUCCCCCACCACUCAAAAAACUCCUAAAUCCUUAAGAAAAUUUGUUAUUAAUUUUAAGUCAUUACAGUUAUAAAUAGUUAAAUAGUUUAAAAGUUAACCCCUUCCCCCUCUCCUAAAAAACCAACUACUUAAUUAUAUUAAAAGCUAUUAUUAUCUUUUUUUAAAUAAUUGUUAUAAAAUAUUUAUAAAUUUUUAAAAAAUACCGCCAUUGCAAACCCAACA